AUGAUUCGCACGUUGCUUCCCAAGCAUGUUGCCGCUGUAGUAAAAGUCCAAAAAGACCCUCUCAAAGCAUUAGAGAUUUUCAACUCAUCCAAAAACGAACAAGGUUUCAACCACACUCUCUCUACCUACAAAUGCAUGCUUCAAAAACUCGGCUUCCACGGUAAAUUCAACGAGAUGGAGAAUCUUCUCUCUGAGAUGAGAUCAAAUCUAAACAACACGUUCUUGGAAGGAGCUUACGUUGAAGCCAUGCGACUCUACGGAAGAAAAGGGAAAGUUCAAGAAGCAGUUGACACAUUCGAACGCAUGGAUUUAUACAACUGCGAACCUUCUGUUCAUUCGUAUAACGCUAUCAUGAACAUUCUUGUUGAGUUUGGUUACUUCAACCAGGCUCAUAAGGUUUACAUGAGGAUGAUUGAUAAAGGGGUUGAAUCAGAUGUGUACACAUACACCAUAAGGAUUAAGUCGUUUUGUAGGACAAGUCGGCCGCAUGCUGCGCUUAGGUUGCUUCGGAAUAUGCCUUUGUUGGGUUGUUUUUCAAAUGCUGUUGCUUAUUGUACUGUUGUGGCAGGGUUUUAUGAAGUUGAUGAUAAAGUGAAAGCACGUGAGAUGUUUGAUGAAAUGCUUGAGUGUUCUUUGUGUCCUGAUGUUACUAGUUUUAAUAAGCUUGUUCAUAGUUUGUGUAAGAAGGGGCUUGUUUUGGAAAGUGAGAAGCUUCUUAGUAAGGUUUUGAAGAGAGGGGUUUUGCCGAAUUUGUUUACUUUUAAUAUCUUUAUACAAGGGCUUUGUAAGGAAGGUUCUCUUGAUAGGGCUGUUAGGUUGUUGGGUUGUGUGUCAGGGGAAGGUUUGAGGCCUGAUGUUGUUAGUUAUAAUACAGUUAUAUGUGGGUUGUGUAGGAAUUCGCGAGUUGUUGAAGCGGAGGAAUGUUUGCAUAAAAUGGUUAAUGGUGGAUUUGAGCCAAAUUGUUUCACUUAUAAUAGUAUCAUUGAUGGAUACUGCAAGAAGGGGAUGGUAGUGGAUGCAAAUAGGAUUCUGAAAGAUGCAGUUUUUAAGGGUUUUAAGCCUGACGAGUUUACCUAUUGUUCGUUGAUUAAUGGUUUUUGCCAGGAUGGUGACCCUGAUCAGGCCGUGGCCAUCUUUAAGGACGGGCUAGGUAAAGGUUUAAUACCAAGCAUUAUUGUUUACAAUACUUUGAUUAAAGGGUUAUGUCAGCAAGGACUGAUUCUGCCAGCUUUGCAGUUGAUGAAUGAGAUGGCAGAAAAUGGUUGUAACCCUGAUAUUUGGACUUAUAAUGUAGUCAUAAAUGGCUUGUGCAAGAUGGGUUGUUUAUCUGAUGCUAAUCAUUUUAUAGACGAUGCUAUAGCCAAAGGGUGCAUCCCGGAUAUAUUUACCUACAAUACUUUGGUUGAUGGCUAUUGCAAACAGAUGAAGUUAGACAGUGCAAUUGAGUUGGUAAACAGAAUGUGGAGUCAAGGUAUGACUCCUGACGUUAUCACAUAUAACACUUUGUUGAAUGGGCUCUGCAAGGCUGCAAAGUCCGAAGAAGUAAUGGAGAUUUUCAAGGUAAUGCCGGAGAAGGGAUGUGCUCCAAGCAUAAUUACGUAUAACAUUAUCAUAGAAAGCCUUUGCAAAUCUAAGAAAGUAAAUGAAGCUGUAAAUUUGCUUGGGGAAAUGAAAAGCAAGGGCUUGACACCUGAUGUUGUUAGUUUUGGCACAUUGAUCACCGGGUUCUGCAACAUUGGGGAUCUUGAUGGUGCGUAUCAGUUAUUUAGAGGGAUGGAAAAGCAAUCUGACAUUUGUCAUACGACAGCAACCUAUAAUAUCAUAGUUUGUGCAUUUUCGGAGCAACUCAAUAUGAAAAUGGCAGUAAGACUCUUCUCUGAGAUGAAAAAAAAUAGCUGUGACCCAGACAACUAUACUUACCGGGUCAUAAUUGAUGGCUUUUGCAAAACGGGAAAUGUUACCCGUGGAUACAGUUUUUUAUUGGAGAAUAUUGAAAAGGGAUUUAUUCCAUCACUAACAACAUUUGGACGGGUUUUAAAUUGUCUUUGCGUGGAGCACAAGGUUCAAGAAGCUGUUGGUAUCAUCCACCUUAUGGUACAAAAGGACAUUGUCCCGGAUACUGUGAAUACAAUUUUUGAAGCUGAUAAAAAGGUGGUAGCAGCACCUAAGAUUGUUGUAGAAAAUUUGUUGAAAAAGGGACAUAUAACUUAUCAUGCCUAUGAACUACUAUAUGAUGGUAUUAGAGAUAAAACGAUACUUAAGAAAAGAAAUCCAAACUGGAAUUCUCUUCGUCGUGGGGCCAGGUCAUCAGCUGUUGAUUAGAAGAUAAUAUCUUUGAAAAAUGAGGAUUCCUGAUCAUAUGCUUGUUUCCAACUUCCAAGGUGUUUGUUGCUUCCACUACACUCCUUUUAUUACGGUACAGGUGUUUAUCAUACAUUUUCUUCUACACCACAUAGUGUACUGAAAUGUCUCUAGCAAAUAUGUUUAGAAAUGUCAAUUCUUGAGACUAUACUUGGUUCCAACUUUCAAGGAUGUUUGGAGCUUCUGGUAGACACCCAUUAUUGUGGAUUGCUUGACUUGUGAACAUGAAGAAUUUCAUGUCAGCUAGUGUUGGUUUUUCGAUAGGGUGGGGGUGCUUUAAAGCAAAUGUUAUCAAGAUCACAUGAAACUGAUGAAAGUCAUCGAGCCAAUCAACUGCAGACAAAGGUUUGCUAGUUGCAAUUGACUGUCACAAUGGUACACGUGAAGAAUGAGGAAGAACGACACUUCACCCAUCCUUACAUCUUCACACGGAAGAACCAUAGGUGCUAAUUACAUAGCAUUCAGUUUUGAUUUCUAUAGCAUCAGAAUUGCAAAUAUAAUCUGUGUUGGUGUAUAACUAAUGUUUACUCCCCAUACAGAACCCAAAAUGGUUUUUCUUUAGAGAUAUCAGACCAAAUUUGCAUCAUCUUCAUGUCAAAAUGAUACUUCUUUUGCGUAUUUGCAACUUGCAAGCGAAACAUGAUGUGCAUUGUCUUGAUGUCAAAAUGCGCUACUUCUUUCAGAUUGUUAAAUAGGUUCUGAAGAUUCAGAAAGUGCUGGCAUCAAGAAGCUGUGAAAACAUGCCUCUUUCUGUAUAAUUGAAACUGGUAGAAACUCAAGGAUUUUCUUAUAUGUAUUUAAGUUAUUUAAAGCAGUUGUUUACUCUUUUCUGAUUUAGUUGAUCAUCUCCUUUCCUUCACUACCUCUAGGGAGAAACAAAGCAACUUAUCUUAGCUUAGGGCAUUAGCAGGAACUUUUUCCUCUUUUUGUAUUUCAUCUCAUUAUAGUGAUGAUAACCAAAUUUGUUAAACAUGGAUGUUUGCAAGAAAGAUUUAAUAACAUUAUAUUUCCACUCUUAAAGUUAUUUCAAUUUUUAUUAAAAGAAAAAAUAUUUGUUCAAAACAAUAUUUUCUACAUUCUACAACAUAUCUUAAUUUUUUAUCAAAACACUUCUAGAUUUUUUUACCUUUAUUUCUUAAUAUUUCAUAUCCUAAAUCAAAAGAGAAUACAAAUUAAAAUGUUUUAGAUACUUUAUUUUCGAAGUGUUGUUUAAAAUUGUUGCAUUCAAAAAAAUGACUAAUUGCAUAUAUUUCAAUUAUCACCUAACAUGGCUUUUUAUCUUUUUAAUAUAUUACUAGUAACAAACUCAUGCGUCUGCACGGGUUCUGGUACGGGACGCGCAUUUGUUUCAGAUUUAUAUUUUUUAAUAAAAAAAUGUUUGGUACCCGUAAAAAAUAAUAAUGGAAUGUAUAGAAAAAAAUCUGGUACCCGUGAAAAAAUAAUAAUUGAA